CCCCAAUUUCUCAACCUAAAACCUCAACAAAGCCCUUGUGCCUCUCCUUAUUUCCCUUUUUACAAAUUAUGGCCACUUUCGCCGCCAGGUCCUUCCUCCGCUCCGCCGCCACCUCCUGCCGAUCAGCAACCACCAGAAUUUCCUCCGGCGUCAAUCCAAAGACUUCUCCCUUCCGUAUUCCCACUCAAAAACCUCUCACCGCUCGCAUUUUCAGGUCGCCUGUAGAAAUGAGUUGUGUUAGAGUGGAAUCGAUGUUUCCAUUUCACACUGCAACUGCUUCAGCAUUACUCACUUCAAAGCUGUCUGCUACUCCUCGGAUCUAUGGUUGGACUCUUGAAGAUUGCAAUGAUGAUGCAUGAUGAAUGUCAGAGAGUGCAAGCAAAGUGAAAUAUCCAUGCAGUAUGGAUGAUUGUUAUGCAGUGCAUGUCUUCAUAGUUCAACGGAUAUCGAUGGACAAUGUAAUACUAAGAACCCCAGAAAUCUUCUCCAUUUUUUUUGAAUUUGGAGCUAAACUUUUUUUGUAUUCUUUGCCAUCAUAGAGUAGGAUUACUUCACCAUUUAUAUCCCUCUCUUGGAAUAGCUUUGUUCUAACAGAAAUCUUUUUGAGCCAUCUGUAGAUUGAAAGUUCUAGUUUUCAUAAUUCCUUAUAUCUGAAUGAAAAGUGAUAAAGUUUAAGUUAAACAACAAAUCAUUUGUGUUAUAUGGAAUUCAUAACUAUCCAUUUGUCUGUGAUGAUGCUAA